GAGAAGCCGUUGACCUCCGCUUCUUCUUCGCUGAACGGAGAUGUUGCGGCUCGCAGUUCCGGAUGGAAACCACCAUUGUGCCGGUGACAGGGACCUGCACCAUCUGGGGUGACCCCCACAUUGACCCUUUUGACAAUGGCAUCUUUGGUCGACCGAAAGUCGAUGCAUUAGGAAUUUACUCCAGUGGAGACUAUUGGCUGGUGAAAAACGACCAGAUCAAGAUUCAAGCUCGCUAUGGCACCACCAUUUAUACCCCAAGCAACAUGUCGGCUCUACUUUCCCUGGCCUUCAGUGGUUCCUGGUUGUGGAAUGACACCCUGAUUAUUGAGCCAGAGGAGGGCGAGAUCACGUAUGCGGGCUCACCUAUCUUGACCACCUUUCCUGCAGAAUUUUCCAACCGAAUAAGCAGGUUGAGGUAUGUCCCUGGUGAAGAACAUAUUGACGGAGUGUUGAAGAACUAUCCGGUCAAGAUGAUUCAGGCCUUCUUCACCCGAAACGUGCGAGUGACGAUCAACCGAUGGCCCAAGCACAUCGAUGCCAUCAUCCAAAUGCCACAGCAAUUGGGAGGUCAGGAUGGACACUGUGGCAACUUCAACUUUGAUAUUAGUGAUGACAGCCUUGAGAAGGUCACCAGCAGAGUUCCACUUCUUCCAGAAGAGUCGCUUUUUCCAAAGGAGGAAUGGGUGGUCUCUACUUCUGCAGCUCCCAUGUCUAUGUCGAAGCAGGCGAGUGUGGCAGACUGUGAUGAGAGCAUCAAGCUGAAAGCACUGGCCGCGUGUAGAGAAACCAUGGCAGAGGAGGGAGAACCGGAUACAGUGAACAAAGCAAUGGUGCGCCAUGCAUGUGUGUUCGACUACUGCUUCGGUGGCAAGGACUUUGUAGCCGAGGGUGUCAUCGUCGACCAUGAAGCUGAAGUGGCCGCGUCCGCGGCGGCCGCGGCAGAAGCCGCGCUGCGGAGAGACGGAGAAAUGCAGUGACGAUGAAACGCAGCGUUGGCUGUAAUUUUUUCUUUGGGCAUUUUUAAACGGCAAACCUUAGAUUGAAGGAUGGGAAAGAAGGAGAAGGUGCAAAACAAAUUAAUGAAGAAUGUCUCAAAAGUGAUUUUCAAAGAUGCCAGUCAGGAAACUAUGGCUUUAAGG